CAUCCGGAAAUAGCGUACGUCAUUGCCAACAGAUUCAUAUUUCCAUCGCAUAUUCGUUGCUGAGAAAAAUCGUCGGUUUUAGCGACGUAACAUAUUGCAAAUAAGUGUGAAAUAUUGUGAUAAACUUCCUUUUAGCAUUAGUUAAACUAGUUCAAUUUUAAAAAAUUCAAAAUGUUUAUCUUGGAUUGGUUCACUGGCGUUCUUGGGUUCCUUGGUUUGUGGAAGAAAUCAGGCAAGCUGCUCUUCCUAGGGCUGGACAAUGCGGGCAAGACCACACUCCUGCACAUGCUGAAGGAUGACAGAUUGGCGCAGCAUGUCCCCACGUUGCAUCCCACGUCGGAAGAGCUGUCAAUAGGCAGUAUGCGGUUCACAACGUUCGACUUGGGCGGGCAUCAGCAGGCGCGGCGCGUGUGGCGCGACUACUUCCCGGCGGUGGACGCCAUCGUGUUCCUGGUGGACGCCUGCGACCGCCCGCGCCUGCCCGAGUCCAAGGCCGAGCUGGACUCGCUGCUCACCGACGAGACGCUUAGCAACUGCCCCGUGCUCAUCCUCGGCAACAAGAUCGACAAGCCUGGCGCCGCCAGUGAGGACGAGCUCCGCCAGUUCUUCAACUUGUACCAACAGACCACUGGAAAGGGCAAAGUAUCGAGAUCAGAGCUGCCCGGACGGCCCCUGGAGCUGUUCAUGUGCUCGGUGCUGAAGCGCCAGGGCUACGGCGAGGGCUUCCGCUGGCUCGCGCAGUACAUCGACUGAGCGCCGCGCCCGCCGGCUCGCUUAUACUCGCGUAUGCUUCUCAUAUAAAUGUCAAAACGUAGCCGCCCAAACGCAAUAAUAAUAUACUCUGUGCCUGUGUAUCAUUUCUCUUACUUUACAUUGUCACGUGGUUUAUACAAAAUGGGACUUUACUAUUAUGUACAUAUUUAGGUGAAUGAUGCUUUUCUCAAGUUUUUAAUAAUACAACCAUGCUUGGUUUCGGAGUUGUAGAUUUUGCCACAAUUUCGUUUAAUGUGUGAGGCGAUUACAUACUGUAUAGCUAGAGAGAAUAAAGCGGCUACGUUUCUCAGAUGUAUAUAUGCUCAGAACGCGCCCGGUUGUAAGCAGCCCAACCAUCGCUCACUAGUAAUGCUUAAUAUAUAGUGUUUGUAACAUCUCGGUAUCGAGACUAGACAUUUACUAAACGAAUCCUUUUUAUUAUUGUAGAAACAUAUUUCAAUAAAUAAAAUAAUAAUUUAUUAUACUGCCUCUUUUUCCUAGGUUAAGUAACUAAUUUGGCAGUGCCCUGUGUUGGGAUCACACCUCUGUACGUGUACGAGGUUUUGCCGCUUCUGAUGUGGAAGCAAAUGACGAAGUACUUAGUUACUAGCAAUACUAGUGUUAAAGUACAAAUGUGUCGCGAGCGAGCAUUACUAGUUAGCGAUUUAUAAUGUAAUGCGGUUCUACAAUAUCUCAGCUACGAAUAGCUGCUAGCUGUAUUGUUCAGUGAUUUUGAUUUUGGCUGUAAACUGAAACAACAAUUAUAAUUUUACGUAAGUCUAAUGAUUGCGUCAGGUGUUUCUUCAAGUCCUUUAGGUUUGUAAAACCAUUAUAAAUUUGUGUCUAUAUAAAUAAGGUAAUGGUGCAAAGCAUGGUCAUUUGGUAUUAUGUAUCAUUUCAUCGCCAAAUAUCUCCAACUGUUGAGACAAAGCCGCGCUACCCUGUACAAGCAGCUCUGUCAUGUCCUCUAGUAAGCGUUACAGACAGUUUCCGUCUCACCCUCGAGUCGAGUGUAACAUGCAAUUUUAUUCAAAUUUUAACAUUAAUUUUCUUAUUCUCAUUCCAACAUGAGUGAUAAUUUUGACUCGAUUAUGUAUUUAUCAAAUAAAGCUCAUUGUGUUGUAUGUGUUAAAGUGACGAAUGUUAUAUUUUUGUAAAUUAUUUCAAUCAUUUGAAUUUUUCGGAAUGUUUAAAUAGACAUUGUAAAGAAACGGCUAGUCUACGUUAGUGGUAGCUGAGACUUGAAAUGAAUUUUAAUACUUACUCAGUUAAGGUUUAUAGUAUACAAAUAUCUUCCAUUAAUACUAAUUGAAGGUGCAGCAAAAUGGAACCAAUAAACAGUAUUUCAUUAUUUCUGUUUUCAAGCACAAUCAACUAGAUCAUUAUAAAGAUGUAUUUUUGUUUCGAUCAGAUUUUUAAACAUUACAUCAGUGAAGGGAAUUUGUUACGAUGUUUUCUGGUGUGUUUCCAUUAGUCAAUUGACGUGAAGUUCGAGACACGCCUGCUCGCGCGAUGGUCGCCUCGCUAGACAAGCCGUUUCCAAUAACUCAGUUGCGAUCAACGUGUGCUGGCUCUCCAGCUUUACUUAGACAAUGUUCUUUGGUAUAUUAUUUGCAGUUUAAGUAAAAAAAAGUUUGUAAUAAAAUUUAUAUGAAAUAA